GACCAGUUCAAGGAAGUUUUUGCCAUUCAUUUUCUGAUUACAAUACAAACCAGUAGUUUACAGUGUUGAUGUUUUUUAUGUGCUACUGCUGUGUUCCCAUCAGGCCAGGAGAAAAUUGUCCACCUGCUGCUGUCGUUCUUGCCCUUUUCAUUUGCCUGAAGCAACUGCUAUCCCGAAAGAUCCCACUGGCCAACAGGGAGGGGGCGGCGGAGGGGCUGAGAGACUAAUGGCAUACCUUUCGCCCCCUACUUGUCCCAUAAAUAUCUCCCAUGCACUUCACAGGGUUUUAAUUUUAGCCUACACAUGAGGAGCAAAGCAAGUUCGGCUGCCAGUUAAAAGCCUGCCAGUAGUUUGCCGUGUCCCGUGUCUCAGUUCCGACGUACGUUUUUACUUCCUUUCAUUCACUUCGAUUCGAUUUGAGAACACCAAAAAAUGUCCAACAAUCGAGAUACAGAAGAUCUCAACGAAGAGGAUAUUGAUGAGGAUGAACUCCUUGCCAUGCUUUCGCCCGAGGAGCUUAAGGAACUCCAGAGUGAAAUGGACGUUAUCAUUGCUCCAGAUGAGAGCGUUCCGGUUGGACAGAGGCAGAAGGACCAGACAGAAAAACCUCCGACUGGAACCUUUGACCACAGAUCCUUGGUCGGCUACCUCUACUGGGAAAAAGAGUCCAAACGUAUGCUUGAGGAAGAAAGAGUGCCUGCUACUUUGCUGCCUAGUGAGAGAACAUUGAAGCAGGAUCCUGUGGAGGAAGAAAACACAUUGGAAGAUGAGCACAAUGAAUUAUAUGAAGUGAUUGAGGAAAUAAUUGAAGAGAAUGUCGUAGAUGGUACCGGAGAGGAGGAGGUAAUUGAAGUAAUUGAAGAAAUUGUCGAGGGGUUUCAAGAGUGCAAUGAAACAGAAAAAGAGAUUCAUGAAAAAGAAGAGUUAACGCCAAUUGUGAACGAGAAUAAUCAUGAAAUUACGGAUGAACGUGAUGUGGAUACAGUCAAGGAAACAGGAAGCCUCAAAGACACAUCAACAGAAGCAAAAAUGACAGAUACUUUGCCUCCUAUUGAGCUCCUCGAUGACGCAAAGACGAACGAUAAACCCCAGCAGAAAGAAGAGAAAAAAAUCAAUAAAUUAAAAAUUCCUAACCUGGCGCUGAAUAAUAUCAAAAUGACAUCACGACCUUCAGGAAAUGAGACAAACUUGGAGUCGACGCUCGACAGGAUCCGUAACAACAACCCGUCUGUCACAGAAGUCAACCUCAACAACAUAGAAAACAUUCCCAAAGAGAUGCUCCUGGACUACGUCAACGCCUUGAAGAAGAACAAACACGUGAAAACCUUCAGCAUCGCCAACACCGGCGUCGAUGAAAAUAUUGCGUACAACCUAGCCAACAUGUUGCGUGAAAAUCGUAGCAUCACCACUCUGAACAUCGAAUCCAACUUCAUCACAGGAAAGGGAAUAGUCGCCAUCAUCCGAUGCCUACAGUUUAACGAGACGCUCACCGAGCUGCGAUUUCACAACCAAAGACACAUGUUGGGUCAUCAUGCCGAAAUGGAGAUCUCACGUCUUCUCAAAGCCAACAACACUCUCCUGAAGAUGGGUUACCAUUUUGAACAGCCGGGUCCAAGAAUGGUGGUGACCAAUCUCUUAACCAGGAAUUUGGACCGGCAAAGGCAACUGAGAAAGGAAGAGCAAAAGCAGCAGCAACUGAAGGAACAGAGGAACGUCAUGCAGUUAUACGAGAGUAGUCUAAACCUACCUCCUGGUUUACUCGAAAUGCUGGGGUACAUACCUCCACUGGAACUACUUCAGAAGAAUGGUCUUGUUGCAACACCUGCAGAACCGAACACCGUCCCUCCUUCAGAAGAAGAACCUCCACGUCCCCAGAAGCAACUUAAACACAACAGCAUUCCCAGACAAUCCAGUCCUGAACCCCAAAACCCACUGAGGGAUGUCCGGCUGAAAAGAACUCCCAAGAAACGCAACCCUCUUCUGGAGUUGGACCGACGGGAUGCCGGUAGACCGGAUAGAGCAAGUUUCCAACUGAGGAAGACUCCCAAAGUCAAGGACACGGGCACCGAAGGGACAUCGGAUGAAAGAGCAAACCUGAGCGAUGUGAUCAAAACGCUGAAACCGGUUCCUCGCAGACGAGUGCCUCCGAAGGUUGACGUAACGCCUCGUGAUGCACUGCUUGAUGAGAUCAAGAAGAGUAACGUGGCUUAUCUUAAAUCUGUACCGCUCCCUAAAGCAUUGGAAUCAAGUGAAACAAGUCUCAUCUGAGCCAGUGAUAAAUCACCAUGUGUGUAUGUAUCGUAUUUGAACAUUUCUGUUCAACCGCAUUGGAAAAGAACUCUGUGGGAACCACGUUUAGCACAGAAUUUAUGCCUGGUUGUUUCGUCGUGAUGUUUGACUUAACACAAUUUGUUGUAUGUUUUGCACAAAAACACAUUACAGCUCUCAUUAUUUCUGCCUCUAAAAAAAAAGAGUGUGUUUAUUGAGUGGGGAGCUAUGUAACGUUUAUUUUCAUUUUCAAGACUUGGGUGAAUAUUUAUUAAAUGCUGGAAGAUUUGUGUUAUG